AUGAAGUCCAUCUCAGACCCCCUGCUGGACCUCCCACAGUUUGUCUACCGAGGAACCAGGUCAGCUGAUGAUGCAGUUAAUUCUCACUCUCGGUCUGACUCCCAGUCUCACUCCCAGCCUCACUCUUGGUCUGACUCCCAGUCUCACUCCUGGUCUCACUCCCAGUCUCACUGCCAGUCUCACUCCCGGUCUCACUCCCAGUCUCACUCUUGGUCUGACUCCCAGUCUCACUCCCAGUCUCACUCUUGGUCUGACUCCCAGUCUCACUCCCGGUCUCACUCCCAGUCUCACUCUUGGUCUGACUCCCAGUCUCACUCCCAGUCUCACUGCCAGUCUCACUCCCGGUCUCACUCCCAGUCUCACUCUUGGUCUGACUCCCAGUCUCACUCCCAGUCUCACUCUUGGUCUGACUCCCAGUCUCACUCCCAGUCUCACUCUUGGUCUGACUCCCAGUAUCACUCCCGGUCUCACUCCCAGUCUCACUCUUGGUCUGACUCCCAGUCUCACUCCCAGUCUCACUCCCAGUCUCACUCCCAGUCUCACUGCCAGUCUCACUCUUGGUCUGACUCCCAGUCUGACUCCCAGUCUUACUCUUGGUCUGACUCCCAGUCUCACUCCCAGUCUCACUCUUGGUCUGACUCCCAGUAUCACUCCCGGUCUCACUCCCAGUCUCACUCUUGGUCUGACUCCCAGUCUCACUCCCAGUCUCACUCCCAGUCUCACUGCCAGUCUCACUCCCGGUCUCACUCCCGUUCUCACUCCCAGUCUCACUCCCAGUCUCACUCUUGGUCUGACUCCCGUUCUCACUCCCGGUCUGACUCCCAGUCUCACUCCCAGUCUCACUCUUGGUCUGACUCCCAGUCUCACUCCCAGUCUCACUCUUGGUCUGACUCCCAGUAUCACUCCCGGUCUCACUCCCAGUCUCACUCUUGGUCUGACUCCCAGUCUCACUCCCAGUCUCACUCCCAGUCUCACUGCCAGUCUCACUCCCGGUCUCACUCCCGUUCUCACUCCCAGUCUCACUCUUGGUCUGACUCCCAGUCUCACUCCCGGUCUCACUCCCAGUCUCACUCCCAGUCUCACUCUUGGUCUGACUCCCAGUAUCACUCCCGGUCUCACUCCCAGUCUCACUCUUGGUCUGACUCCCAGUCUCACUCCCAGUCUCACUCCCAGUCUCACUCUUGGUCUGAGUUCCAGUUUCACUCCCAGUCUCACUCCCAGUCUCACUGCCAGUCUCACUCCCGGUCUCACUCCCGUUCUCACUCCCAGUCUCACUCUUGGUCUGACUCCCAGUCUCACUCCCAGUCUCACUCCCAGUCUCACUCUUGGUCUGACUCCCAGUAUCACUCCCGGUCUCACUCCCAGUCUCACUCUUGGUCUGACUCCCAGUCUCACUCCCAGUCUCACUCCCAGUCUCACUCUUGGUCUGAGUUCCAGUUUCACUCCCAGUAUCACUGCCAGUCUCACUCCCAGUCUCAUUCCCAGUUUCACUCUUGGUCUGACUCCCAGUCUAACUCCCGGUCUGACUACCAGUCUCACUCCCAGUCUCACUCCGAGUCUCACUCCCGGUUUGACUCCCAGUCUCACUCCCGGUCUGACUCCCAGUCUCACUCCCGGUCUGACUCCCAGUCUCACUCCCGGUCUGACUCCCAGUCUCACUCCCGGUCUGACUCCCAGUCUCACUCCCGGUCUGACUCCCAGUCUCACUCCCGGUCUGACUCCCAAUCUCUCUCCUAG